AUGGCAGCUUUGGCUCUUAGCUCACAGCUGCCAAUCAAUGAUUAGUCUCUCAGGCUUUAUCAAUGACUCAUCUCUCACGAGCUGUGGAAACAAUCGUCUCCCUCUCCAACCAAACAGAUCACUUUAAAAUACAUUUGCAUAGUGAUGAGGACAGUGUGUUAAACUUUAACUGGGUUAUUUAAACUCUCAUUGUGAACAUCAGAGACCAGUUAUAUCAGUCUAAACCUGCAGUCAGAUCACAUACAGAACUUUACUCGUCUGACAAGCCAGUGUUUUUCUCACCUGAACACUGAGCUUGAAAUUCAGUCACAUGGGAACAACCUUUGCUCUGAGAUUACUUUAGUUCAGAUGGGACUUUCCAGGACAAUGGAGGCCUCAGGUUUUGCACAUAAUGGGCUUAAACUACAUUUUUCUGAGCUGCAAUCACGUUAACAAAGACAUCACAUGUUAAUGUGUGAUUUUUGAAUGUAUUGUCAUAUAUUUCAUCGUCACAUUAAGAUUUAUAUGGCGUACUUUAGAGGUUGAUCUGCUAAUAUACCAUAACACGCCUUAGCCUCGUGUUGUUGUGUUGGAUAAUCAUCUUUUUGUCGUGGCUUCCGUUAUGUAAUAAUAAGCUCACCCAGCUUCAAUCUGAUUGGCUCACUUGUGUGGCUGUUAUUCUGUCGAGCCAAUCAAAAUCAAAACCCCCGCCCAAACGGCCUGAAACGAGCCAAUGGGGUCGCGCUGACGUCACGCGAGAUAUAAAAAGUUUCGUGUGACGUUUUGGGCCUUCAGUUACAGUCGCCAUCUUCUCGCCAUCGAAAACGCGCAGACAACAACGACAGGCGGCGGCCGAAAAACGGAAAAAAAGAACACGAAACCGGCGUUAUUUUUACACGGAGUCAGGGCAGAACAGUUAGCAAAUGAGUUCAUGGACUGCCUGUUGAUCAGUGGUUAUGGUAUUGAUAAGGCUGGUGUAGGUUUCCCCGGGUCGCCGAGCUCAAAGAUGGACGACAACGCGGCGAGGGAAGACGCCUGCCGAGAGUACCAGUCCUCGCUGGAAGACCUGACAUUCAACAGCAAGCCGCACAUCAACAUGCUGACCAUCCUGGCCGAGGAAAACCUCAACUUCGCCAAGGAUAUCGUCGCAAUUAUUGAAGCACAAAUAAGCAAGGCCCCAGCUGCCGAGAAGCUUCCAGUUUUGUACUUAGUGGAUUCCAUAGUGAAGAAUGUUGGAGGAGAGUACCUUGCAGUGUUUGCUAAAAACCUAAUCACUUCAUUUAUAUGUGUCUUUGAAAAGGUGGACGAAAACACUAGAAAGAGUCUGUUCAAGCUGCGGUCGACGUGGGACGAUGUGUUCCCGCUGAAGAAACUGUACGCUCUGGACGUCCGGGUCAACUCUGUGGACCCGGCCUGGCCCAUCAAGCCGUUGCCGCCCACCGUCAACGCCAGCAUCCACGUCAACCCCAAGUUCCUAAAACAGCCGGCAGCACCUCCUGCUCCUGCUCCGGCCCCAACCCCGGCUCCUGCACCUGCCCCAGCACCCCCGGCAGCGGCAGCGGCGGCGCCCCCCGUCAUCACACAGUCGAGCCUGACCCAGGAGCAGCUGAUCCGGCAGCAGCUCCUGGCCAAACAGAAGCAGCUUCUGGAGCUGCAGCAGAAGAAGAUCGAGCUGGAGCUGGAGCAGACCAAAGCUCAGCUGGCUGGUGGAUUUGUGUUACCAACACCGGCUGGUGUCUCCGCCCCGGCAGCACCGAGUGCAGCCGCGAAGCCCAUCACCCAGUCCACUCCCGUGGUCCGACCUUGGAUCCCCCCUCAGACUCAGUCCGACACCAAACCCUUGGCGACCAGAGACCCCCGUCUGAACCGCCCCGGCCCUGCCGCGCCCCCCCAUCCCAAAGAACAGCCUGCUGGGAAAAAAGACAGCCCCCCUGCAACAGGAAGUCCCGCUCUGACUCCUGAGAAACGACCGUCAGAGAAAUCCACCCGGCUGGAGAAGACCAGGGUCCAGAGGAAGGAGGCGCAGGAGGAGAAGCCCAAGUCCAAGUCUCCGUCUCCGAUGGCCAAAAGUGUCCAGAGCAAGAACAAACAGGCGGAGGCCGAGGUGCAGAAGUCGGCCGACGGCACCAAGAAAGACCCGAGGCUGAGGAAACGCACACAGGACAAGAGCGGUGAGGCCAAAGACGACGAGCUGAAGGAGAAGAAGAGGUGCAGCGAUAAGAAGGAGAGAGAGGAGGCGUCGCAAGGAGCCGAGCCUCAAAGGUUCAACAGGGGGAAGCUGGUGAACGGCUCGGUGACCAAACAUGACCGCGAGGGCUCUGCCGACAGGCUCGAGUUCAAGACCGGAGGCAACGCCCGGACGCAUGCCCGGAAACACCGCUCCCGCUCCAGGUCGCGCUCCCCAACCUCCUCCCCAAAGAGGAAGGACAGGAGGUCGCCGAAGGGCCGAGCCCGGAGCAGCUCGCCAUCCCCUUCACCCUCUCACAAGGCGGGGAAACCUAGAAGAGUCCGCGCCGACGAGCCGCCACACGGCAAGCCCGGCCGAGAGGACAGACUCACGGCCAAGAAGAACCAAUCAGAGAGCAGGAGGUCGAAGAGGCCGUCAGAGACCAGGCACUCAGACUCCAGAGACUCUCACUCCCCAAGGAGCCACGACGGAGGAGGAGGCAAGGAGGCGAAGGAGGCUCCUCACCGCUGGAGAAGUGGCUGGGAGGAGAACAAACAUGUGAAGAUGUCUGAUGACUCUCACGUGAAGCCCGGACCUCAGAGACACAAACCCUACAGUACCCCGACUCGCCCCACCACCCCCCGAACCCCGAAGCACCGUCUCAGCGUAGACGCCAACCUGCAGAUUCCUGAAGUCCUCAACUCGGCCUCCAAGAAGGAUCUGCUCAGACGGGCCAGUAAACGUCUGGAGAGCGGCGAGAUCUCCCAGGAGGACUUCCUGAACAUGGCCCACCAGAUCAAACAUUUCUUCCAGUAUCAGGAGGAGAAGCUGCAGCGCUCGGAGAGCUGGGAUGACUCCGGCGAUUUUCCCGCCAAGAAGCAGCCUCUGCCGCUCACCGCGCCGCCAUCCUCGUCAUCUCAGCCCCGCUCCCACGACGGCAUGGACCCAGCAGAGCUGUCGUACUACGAGCACAAGUCCAAGCUGAGGAAGACGCAAGUCACCCACCGAGUCGCCGGAGAGGAGUGGGAGGCAGAGGAGCCGCUGGAGGACGGCGAGGACGUGGGGCAGGGCGAGAAGGCGGGCGCUGGACGCCCACCACCGCACAAAUACAACCGGGCGCCGCGGGACAGACCAGGUGAAAGACGGAGUAAAGAGCGUGACGAGCCACGACCUCCACCCGGCCCCAUGAUCGAGGAGUACAACCACGGCAAAGUGUUCCCCACUCUGAAAGCUCUGCCGGGCCUUCGCUUCAGGAAGAGAGCAGACCCCAGAGAGUCCAGUGAGAGGGAGUGGAACUCGCCACUGACCGAGCGCCAGCGUUACGACGAGCGCGAGGAGCAGAAGAGCGGGUACGACGCUCCGCGGAGGUACGACUCCAGACACCCCGACCCUCGGAGGCUGGAGGGGCCCCUGCCCGCCGGCACCGUGGUCCACAGGAACUGUCCGAGUCCGGCCGGUCUGGACCCUCCAGCCCCAAGGUUCGAGCGCGAGCGCCUGUCGCCGCUGCACCAGAAAGACUCGGCGGAGAUGAGCCCGAUCCCGCGCUUCGAGAGCCCCAACAGCGAGCACUCGGACGACGGGCCCCUCAACCUCGAUGUCGCCCCGCAUCACCCUCACCCACCCCCUCCCCCCAAAUCCAUCCUCAAGCCGUCCCGCGGCGGACCACUGUCCUCCGUCCGACAGCACAGCAACUCUCCGGGUCACACGCCUCCUCAUGACGGAGGACACCUGCCCUCCAGAUACGACGGGCCUGAGCACAUGGCCCCCCCCAGACCGCACCCUCCGGGCUGGUACGACGACCCGGCGCGGUUCGACGGGCCUCACCACCAGGGCCCCGGCAGGUUCGACGGCGGACCGCCUCAUCACAACAUGCCAGAGAGGUUCGACGGCCCCGACGGCCCCCAUAUGGCUCACGGUCCGAUGAGGGGCGGGGAUGGUAUGGGGAGGUUUGACGGACCCCCCCACCCUCAGGGCCCCGGGAGGUUUGAUGGACCCAUGGGCCAGCAGCCAGCGGUGAGGUUUGGGGCAGGGCCUGGACCGGGACACUUUGAGGGACCGAUGCAGCGCUUCGAACCACCGCGGCGCUUCGAUAACAGCAUGGGUCCUGGUCCUGGACAUGGCUUACAGCAGCAGCGCCCCAUGCGCUUUGAGGGCCCCCCCAACCAGAUGGGCCCCAUGAGGUUUGAGGGCCCCGGUCGCUUCGAGGGCCCGGCCAGCCCGGUCCCAGGUACGACAUGCCCCACCAGGGUGGGCCCCGCACUUCGACGGCCCAGCAGGGCAGCCGGGCCCCCCAGGUUCCCUCCCCAGCACAACAUGCAGGCCCCCUUGAGGCCGAUGGCCCCGCCCAUGUACGAUAACCCCAUGGCCCCCAGCAGACUUCGGCAUGACCCCCAGCGGUUCCCAGACUCCAUGAACCCUCAGUUCCCCGCGGGGCCGAUGGCGUUCCCGCAGGCAGGAAACUUCAACAUGCAGCCGGCGCCACCUUUCAGCCAGCCGGGCCCCGCCCCCUUCUACAACCCUGCUGCCCCCGCCGUCGGCAUGCAGCAGCCGGUGAACCUGAUGAACAUGAACCAGCCGUUCCUGCCUCAGAACCCAGUGCCUUUCACUCCUCAGGGUCCUCAGGUCGUCCCCCCAGAGAACCACUUCGGUCAGGUCGACGUCAACGACCUCCUCUCCAAACUCAUCUCCAACGGCAUCAUCAAACCGUCGCAGCCUGACGCCGCGCCCGCCGCCAGCACCGCUGCGUCUUCAGUGGCUCCAGCAGCUCCGCCGACAGAGGAGGAGGAAGAGGAGGAGCAGGAGGUGGAGGAGGGAGACGUCCCCGACCUCACCAGCUUCAGCAUCGACGACAUGAAACAGCGGUAUGAGAGCGUGGUGACGAAGCUGUACUCAGGGAACCAGUGCUGCCUGUGCAGCAUGAGGUUCACGGCCGCUCAGACCGACAUGUACGCCGACCACCUGGACUGGCACUUCAGACAGAACCACGCCGGCAAGGUCGCCAGCAAGAAGGUCACACACCGCCGCUGGUACUACAGCCUGACGGACUGGAUCGAGUUCGAGGAGAUCGCCGACCUGGAGGAGCGAGCAAAGAGCCAGUUCUUUGAGAAGGAGAACGAGGAGGAGGUGCAGAAGAACCAGGCGGCGGCCAAGGAGAAGGAGUUCCAGAGCGUCAGAGCCACCAAGGACCAAGUGGGCGAGUCGUGUGAAAUCUGUCAGGAGCCGUUUGAGACGUACUGGGUGGAGGAGGAGGAGGACUGGUUCCUGAAGAACGCCAUCAGGGUCGACGACAAGAACUUCCAUCCUUCCUGUUUUGAAGAUUAUAAAAACACGUCGUCGUAUCUCGACAUCACGCCGUCGCCUAACAAGCUGCUCCUCGACCACCCGCUGAGCGCCUUCGUAAAGACCGAGCAGGAGGAGGAGGGGGAGGAGGCGAGCACUUCCUGCGCCAUCGCCGCCGCCGCUGCCGCCGCCGCCUCGGUCAAACAGGAAGUGGCGUCGGAGGCGGUCGAGCUUCCUGACGUGAAGAAGGAGGAGGAGCAGGAGGUUUUAACAGAGGAAGUGCAAUCACAGGAGAGUAAAGCGUAACCACGGCUGCUGCUGCUGCUGCUCUCAGCCUCCGUCACCUCCUCCCUUUCAGAGGAGGAGGAGUUUUAGCGGCGGAGGUCGAGGCCUCGGCAACGUUCACCUCAAUACAUUUUAGUAUUUGGAUCCUCGGCGACCAUUUCAGGUCUGACGCGAACUCAAACUGUUUAUAAGAAUCAAUGUUGUGUUUCCUUCGGCUCGAAGCUGUAAAUGAUUUAAUUUAUAAAUUAAAGUAUUUUUUGUAUCUCUGGUGUAACAGUGAUUGAAUCCAUCAGCUGCUGUUUGCUGCCUGUUACAGUCUGUACAUACCUGAUCGCUGCAUUGAUCCGUUUAUUGAUCGCUUUGUUGACGGGUAGUUGCAGGUGUUGAGUUGUUUCUGGCUGCGUUUAAAGGUAAGCAUCGUUCUGAUUGGACGACCGAAGACUCCGCCUGCUCCCCCGGGGACUCGGGGACUCGAGGAUCCGAGUCGUCGUCUGUUUUGUUUUUUCUCUGAUCUUCAAUAAAAGAGUCUGAAAGUUG